AUGGCAACUUAUUCUUUUGUAUGUGCCAAGGAUAUUAUUGGAAGAUAUGAAGAUGAGACGGCAAUAAUAGGGAUGUCGUUAGAUUCUGAGACUCAACAGAAUAGUUCUGUCAUCCCAAUAGUGGGGAUCGGGGGACUAGGAAAAGCAGCAUUGUCUCAAAUAGUGUACAGCAGUGAGCUGGUCCAGAAACACUUGGAGGUAAGAUUGUGGGCACGUAUUUCAGAGGAUUUUGAUGUAAAAUUAAUUGUGAGAAACGUUGUAAGAUCGAUAGCCAAUACAAACGUUGAUGGGAAUGAAUUUGAUGAAUUGUUUCAGAGAAUUAGAGGAGCAGUUGAGGCUAAACGGUACAUACUUGUGUUGGAUGAUAUUUGGAAUGGUUUAAAGGUGCAGAUUGUGAAUGUGGGAGACUCAGAUGCAAGAUGUCUUCAAGGUGGGACUCGUUAUGUAAAUUUUACAAAUGUAAAAUCAACAUGGACAAUUCCACCUCCAUUGCUUGGGGCAAAGCAUCUACGGCUGUUGCGCCGUCAAUAUUUGAAUUUUUCAUCAGAUUGUCGUACUUUUUUCACAAGGUUCAAGUUUCUGCGCAUGCUGGAUUUGCAUAAAGCAGGAGUAUCGAGGAAAGUAGCAAGUUGCCAAGUUCCAUUGGUCAGCUGA